AUGCAGCGCGGCUCUGACCCGGAGGACCCGCGGGGUCUGUUUGAAGACUAUCUGAGCAGUCACGUGACCGUGUGCCCUGAGCCCGGCCCGUGCCAGGAUGAGGACCUCCUGAGACGAGGGGCAGAGGCGCUCCUAGAGCAUCCUGUAACCAGCGCUUCGCUGAUCCAGCUGUGCUAUCAUGUGCUGGAGACCCUGUCCACAGACCACACAGACCUGCGGCGCCUGGUCCGGGCCACUGAACUACUAGAGACACUUUGCCUCAACUUGUACUUUUAUCCGUGGAGGAAGGACAUCCGGAAACUUAAGUCUUUCACAGGUGCAUUCGUCUACUGCCUCCUGCCGGCCCUCGGCUGCACUACUCUCCAGUCCCUCUUGGCAUCAAUCGGAUACAUGCCCGAAAAGCCCGGGCCUUCACCCAGUGAUUACAGACUGUUUAAAGAUGCAAGUCUUGAGAGCGCCGUCCAAGUGGCCUUUGAGCUCCUGUUGACUAGAGCUCUGUGCCUUCAUCUGCUCCAGCAGCACAGCAAGGCUUCAUUGCAGGAGUGUGUGGACAACCUCAAACUCAAUUUGCCUGCAGAACUGUCACGUCGCAGUGAGUGCAUGGCAGUCAGUGCAGAGAGAGAGGAGAACCAAACUGAUGCUGAUCCAGGCAGAGAAGUGUGUCCAGAGGGAGCCUCAGGACUCACUGACGACCAGCCGAACGAUCGUCUGCACUUGACAUACACAGACCUGGUGUUCAGGGGCCGCCCUCUGCAGGAGGAUGAUACCAGCCUUUCACCCCAGACAGACAUGUUCCCACUCAGGCGCCGUGCACAGAGAGCUCGAGAGCAAAGGCCUCCCAGUUACAGACCCAGACCAAGCCAAGACCUCAGGGAGGACGACGGACUGAGUGGACCCCUGGGGCUCUCUCUGCACAUCACAUCAAGACCACAAACAGGCAUCCAGUGGCUCAGGCCAGAUCAAUCUGGUCUUUCUGAAGAAAACGCUGUGUGUGAGAUGCCCAAAAGAGGAAGUACCCAAGAUCACAUGCAGGACCAGACCACCUCCGUAGACUCAAGCGGAGAGGAUUCACUCUGA